AUGGUUAAAAACUUUGACAUUGCGCUCAACACGCCAAUCUCAUGUUCCAAUCGCAGUUUCAAAAUUUGCCAGCUCGACAAUGGUAUCAUGGCGCUAGUGAUAUCUGAUCCGGCAGAAACAAUUGCUUCCUUCAGCUUAUCUGUGGCCUCAGGAUCUCACAACGACCCGAAUGAUAUUGCUGGACUGGCCCAUCUGUGCGAACAUGCAAUUCUAGCUUCAGGUUCCAAAGAAUUUCCUAAACGGCAUCAAUACCACGAGACUAUAGUUCAAAACGGGGGCUCUCACAAUGCCUACACAUCGGGUGAGAACACUACUUAUUACUUUGAGCUUCCUGUUUCCAGUGAUAAGGGCGAAUUAGUAUUUGAGAGGGUCCUGGAAAUUCUCUCUUCUUCUCUCAAAAAUCCUGUGUUUACCGAGACAACAAUCACUAAAGAGAUAUACACAAUUGAGAGUGAGCAUGGCGCAAAUAAAGCGUCACAGAAUAAGCAGUUAUAUCAUGCAACUAGGCUAUUAGCAUCAAAGUCGCAUCCUUUCAGUCGAUUUUGUACAGGGAACUUCGAAACUUUAUGCAAUCUUCCGAAACUUCGCAAGCUCAGCUUAAAGAACUCCUUAAUGGCGUACUUCAACGAAUUUUAUAGGCCUUCGAAUAUGGCAAUCUGCAUCAAAAGCUCACAAUCUUUAAACCUACUCACAAAACUUGCAAUCCAAUUUUUUGGUGGCAUAUCCGGGGAACAUAGACACAGCUGCGCUUCAAAUCUGAGUGCAAAAGGGAGAGGAAGUUCUUCAAGAUCAUCGGAAGUUGUGGGCACUACUUCUCAAUUACGAUCUAAGAUCUUGAAAAGAGUGUGGCUUCCAAAAUAUCAAGGCUCUAAAAUAUUUGAUUCAGCGGCAAACUUCCUGCUUAUAAAAGCUUCUAAAGGUCCAACAAUGAGACUUAUUUUCCCGAUAAACCACAAGUACGCCAGAUUUUCUGUCAAUAAUCUGGCAAUCUUUUCCAAGAACUGGUGCGAUAUAUUCGGCGAUGAGAGUGUCGGAUCACUGGCAGAUUGCCUCAGGAAGCUAAAUCUUGUCACCAGUAUAACCUCUUCAUGCCCAAGUUACUGUAGUGGGGAGGAUGGACUAGUACUAGAGUUGUCUUUGACCCGAGACGGAUCGCGUGACGCUCAUAAGAUCUUGCAAACUAUUUUUGACCAAUACAUCCCAAAGUUCAUUCAUGAUCAGACAAGAAACCUCGCCAUGUAUCUGAGUGACCUCAACGCCAUUGAUAUGCUGAAAUUUCUUUAUCAGAGCCGUGAAACUUCGUCAAUGGAAAUGUGUGCUGAAUACAGUACUCGAAUGCUAUCAGAUCUGGAGGCCCUAGACCCUAAGUGCUUGUUGAAGGGAUGUCCCCUGCCGGAGUGUAACGACCCAUCAACGAAUUUAGGAUCAUAUCACGACUCUUCAGAAAGUAUAGUUUGGUGGACUGGACAGGCUAUUAUGUUCCAGAAUUUUAUCAGCGACUUUGUCAACCGCCAAAAUAUGCGAAUCAUUAUACUGGGAGACCAAGGAGCUUCUGGUCUAUUGGAUCCACUUUCGAAUCCACUUAUAUUGAGUUAUGAUCCAUAUUAUGAGUUUGAGUAUUUUAAGGGCUUGUUGGAUUUCGCAUAUCUUGAUCAGCAAGCCAAUUUACCUGACUUUCCGUUUCACAUCCCAAAUUAUGACUGCUUCUUGCCGUCAGUGGGCAGGAAACUGGAGGUGAUUAAAAGAGCCUUGGAAGUUUCAUCAGCUAGGGCACAAGAUGCAGCAUUGUCAUUUGUAACUCAUGAAAAUCUUGUAGCAGGCAUACCGCGGCUGGUAUGUAAAAACCGGCAUUGUGAAAUGUGGGUAAAGGAGGAGGAGUUCAAUUUAUCCUUCAAAUCCAAGUCUAUGGUCAGUUUCGAGGUUAUAAGCAGGAUGCUCCACGCUUCACCGUAUCACACAAUAAGUCUCGAAAUACUUGGAGAGCUGUUGUCCGCAACUUUAUCUGGGGCUCUCUAUCCAUCUGAAAAGAUCGGAUUUACUUACGAGAUUUUCCCCUCUGUUAAAGGCGAUGUAAGACUAGGAUUCACUAUCACGGGGUUUCCUGAAGGUGUUUAUACCAUUAUUAGACUAAUCACGGAUACGAUCAAGGAUCUAGCAUAUGGUGAUAGGAUAUCACCCGCACUUUUCCGACAGGCUAGAGUAGCGGUUAGGAACAAGUAUGAGCGUGCAGCAUCUGGAAACUGCACUGUACUUGCUACGUUAGGGCUUCUGGUAGUUUUGGAGGAAUGCAUGUGGCCGAUGGAAGACCGAUUAGAGGCUUUGGAAGAAAUUGAUUUAAGCUCGUUUCUAUUAAUCUGCUCUCAAUACUUGGGAGGGCCAGUCUAUUUGAAUUUGUUAAUACAAGGCGACCUUGAUUACGCGGAUGCUAUAAAAGACUGGCUGAUGUUGCAAUUGGUUUCUCAGUCCACUCCAAAAAACGAGUACAUCAUCGCCGAACCAGCAAGCACAGUGUUAGAUCAAGGAACCAACGCUUUUAUUAAAAAACAGGGGCCUUUGGAAGAUCCCAAUAAUUGCAUAGUCUAUUUCAUACAAACAGGUGCUCGAGAUAAUGCGCACAUAUUUGCUUUAACGAGCUUCACCGCAUUUCUAAUGUCGUUGACUCUUGUUCCAGAUUUGCGGAUCAAGAGACAGAUUGGCUAUGUCGUUUUCGGGGGCAUGCGACUACUCUCCACCACCGUAGGAAUACAUGUAACAUGCAUGUCAGACGCUACGCCGGAGCACUUGGAAGUGCAAAUUGACGAAUACCUCACACACUUGGAGCUCGAUGUCCUUCAAAACAUGUCUGAAAAUGAAUUUCAAGACUCUUUUUUGAGAAAAUUCUGCAGAAUUUCCCAAGGUAGCGCUGGUAUUAAAUCGCAAAGCUCUUCAGGGCCCUCAGAUAUCUCUGCACAAAUUAAGGCCAGCGUUCAGAGUGGUAAUUUAUCAGAACAGGGAAAAGAGAUGCUCGACCAUAAAAGAAUGUUUUCUCAAAUAUCGACUCGCAGGUAUAAUUUUGAGGUGGAAGAUGAGCCUUUGGAUGCGAAGUUUCUUGAAGGGUUAACUUUGCAGGACUACCGCCACUUUUUCCGUGGAACAAUCUCUGUUUUCUCAGAGCGUAGGAGCAAGUUGUCCAUCAUGGUUGAAAGUACGAUGGGCUUAGAGGAAAUCUCAAAAAAACGCCUAUGCUCGCAAGUCGGCGGCUAUUUGAAAGUGAAAGGUUUGAAAAUUUCGAACAGGGACUUAGAAGGUAUUAUAGAGAAGGCAGGCGGCAGGCCGCAAAGCUUGUUAAAAGAAUUGAUAAAAUAUUUUGCUAGCAAGGGAGAAACCCUCAAGCUGUGCAACAUAGCUCUCAAAGAAAGUCUAAAAGCAGUCAUAAGCGCUGUGGUACAAAAAGUGAGUUAUAUGCACCCCGAGGAGUUGCCUGCUAUCACCAAAAAAAACUACAGCAAAAUACCUUUGACACAAAUCCACAAUGUUAAUGAAUAUCGCUUACGUCGAAAGCUAUGA